UGAGGGUGAAGUGUAACCGAAGAAACUAUUGCAGUGUGCUUGACGAUAUCGGACGAUGAAGAGCUGCUCGGCCUCGCUCACGCUCACGCUCAACCACUGGAGGAAAACUUCCACUCCGAUUCCAACAGUCAACUAUCCUCUUGCGACAAAGAGCCGGUCAUCACAGAUGAGAUGAUUACAGAGCAGAAACAGUCUGUCAGUGGAGGUGGCGGUGAUAUGGAAUUGGCACUAGACAAUGCCAGUGCUGAUGAGAAGACGUUCUUGCAGUGCCGUACAGUCAGGAUAGGCUCCUACAAGGUUGUUCCCAAAGAUAAGGUUCUUAUUACUCCUCAUGGCCUUAAAGUUACUGUACCAGUUUUAAAUUCUGACCAGUCUGUAGAAUUGAAGAUUUUGUACAAUGAAAUAAUCAAAGUGCUUAUUCAUUUUGGAAGACAAAUGCCAGUACUGUUCUUCUACACCAGGCCUGCUGCUGCUGCCAAGAUUAGAAAAGCUUUGAAAAUGGAUGAUAAAAAUGGUUUCUAUUAUGACAGUAUGAGCUCAAGUAAGUUUUUAUGCAUGAAUAUACCUUUUGAUACAACAAAAGAUCAAUUAUCAUUUUUCUAAUUUUUACUUGGAUAU